AUGUCACUACUCGAAACCAUUGUCCAGUUUGUGACCCUAGUGGCUGCCUUUGUGGGCGGCUUUCUGGCCCUGGCUGCUUUUUACAGACUGACUCUCCAUCCUCUAGCACAAUACCCUGGCCCUCUCUUGUGCAAGCUCAGUUCAAUUCCUGACGUGUACCACGCCUGGAAGGGCGACCGACAUCUUCACUACUAUCGACUGCACCGAAAGUACGGCUCAGUCGUCAGAUACGCCCCCAACAAGGUCUCCUUCGAUACCGGCGCUGCUCUCAAACACAUUUACUCCGGUAACAAGAAGGAGUUCAUCAAGUCCGACUUCUACGAAGGCUUUCCUGCCGUCAAAGGCUUCCCCUCUGUUCAUUCUGCCAUCAUCAAGUCCGAACAUGCCAAGAAAAAGCGAGUCAUGUCCCAUGCCUUCUCUGAACAGGCCCUGGCUUCUGCCCAGCCCUACAUCAUGGACAAGAUUGUGCAGCUAUGUGAUCUUCUCGGAGACAACACUCGAGACACUGUAGUUACUCCCUCUGGAAAGCCCGCCAAGAUGAUCUCUCGACUGACUUCCUACUUCUCUUUUGAUGUCAUGGGCGAGCUCUGCUUCGGUAAGGGCUUUGAUAUGCUGACUUCUGCCGACAACCGUUUUGCUCUGCGAAUGACUUCUAACGCUGCUCAUCGACAUCUCGUUUACGGCUGCUUCCGAUUGCUAGACAAACUGCCCUUCAUCGGCUCUUACUUCUUUGGUCACAUUGUCGAGGACCGAAAGAAGUUUGUCGAGUACUCCCGGGCCGUGGCCUCCAAGAGAAUGGCUCUUGGUGAUGAGGGACACAGAAAGGAUCUCUUCCACUACCUGAUGCAUGCCACCGACCCCGAGACCGGCAAGGGCUUUGAGCGAAACGAGCUGUUGUCCGAAUCUAACCUACUGAUUGUCGCUGGCUCCGAUACCACUGCUACUUCUCUGGCUGGUUGUCUCCACUACCUGGGUCUUCAUCCCGAUGUCCGAAAGGAGCUGACUCGACAGGUUCGAGCCCAGUUCUACUCUGUUGACGAAAUCCACUCCGGCUCUACCCUCACCAAGGGCAUCCCUCUUCUGCGAGCCUGCAUUGAUGAGUCCAUGCGUCUGUCUCCUCCCGUGCCGGGUGUUCUCCCACGAACUGCCCUGGAAGACGUUGUAAUUGAUGGUUGCAAGAUCCCUAAGGGUUGUGAUGUCGGAGUUUCCACCUGGUCCAUGCACAGAAACCCCAAGCACUUUGUUAAGCCUCUCGAAUACGACCCCUACCGAUGGCUGCGGGGCGGCCAGGUGGAUGAUUCGUCCAAGUACUCGGACGUGGCCCAGGAUAUCGACGAGAAGGCUGCUCUCAAUGAAACUGCAAACGCUCGAGCUGGUUACGCUCCCUUCUCUAUCGGUACUAGAUCCUGUAUCGGUAGAGCUCUUGCUUACUCCGAGCUGGACUGUGCUGUAGCUCGAAUCUGCUUUAUGUAUGACUUUGAGGUCUGUCUUGAGGGCAAGCUGGGCUCAGGUGUGUUUGGCUACGGCUAUGAUGACUCUGACGAGUUUGUUGCUGGUCGAGGAAAGGGCGGCAAGAUCAACGAGUGGGACGUCAAGAAGAGAGAUGGCGAGGAGAUUGGCACUUUCCGACUCUGGGAUCAUUUUGCCGGUGAGAAGGAGGGCUCCAUGAUGGUCUUUGCCCAUGCCAAGAAGGAAUAG